UUUACCAACGCUGCUCGGUGUUCAACCAUGCCGCGGAAGACUCAAAGCAAGAAGGCCGGGAAGGGGAUGUCCUCCUCGGUGGUGGCGACGGAGGAGAUGGCCAAAGAUCAGCUGAUGGAAGACAUCAUUCGUCUCCGGGAGGAGCUGGACCGAGUGCGGGAGGAGAAGAGUUCCCUCCGGCGGGACCAGGACAAAAUCCAGGUGCGGUGUGAGAUCUCCAAAAGGGAACUAGAGGAGAAGGAGGCCAAGCUGAGGAACCGACGCAGGCAGAAGGAGGAGGCCAAGGAGCGCCACCGAGUGGAAAUUGGAGUCUAUGAGCAGAAGAUGAAGCACGUUCUGUUGGAGCACCACAACAGGACCACUGAGCAGAAGGUGGAGGGUGUGGCCUCGUCCACGCUGGUCCAGAACCGGCACUGGGAGGCGGAGCUGGAGCUGCACAAAGAUUUUCAGGGCCAGCAGGCAGAACUCAGGAAGAAUAAGCUCCACGGAGAGAUCUUCAUCAAGGAUCUGAAACUGAAACACCAGGUGGAGCUGAUGGAGCUGAACAACGAGUGCAAACACAGGAUCCGAGAAAUGGAGGUACAGUUCGAACAGCAGAUGCACUCGCUGAUCAAGGCAGAGGAGGAGCGGCGGCUGGUCGAGGUUGACAAGGUGGACGACCAGAUGAAGAGUCGCGUUGCGGCUCUAUUAGAGAAGCAGGACAGGGCUGUGCAGAGUAUGGAGAUGGGCCACGAAAGCAAUCAAGAAGAAGCGCAGAAGGAGAUGAAACGGAAGAAGGAGAAAAUGGCUAAAGUGCAGAAGCGGCAUGAGCAAUUGUCAGAAGCUCAGCAGGAGAACCAACGUCUGAAGGAGGUUCUGCAGGAGGUGGAACACAAGAACCACGAACUGAAGAAACAGAUACAGGAACACGACGAGGCCGUGGCCAGGUGGAAGGUGAGCCGGCCUCAGGUGAAGCUGAUGGAAAAGGAGCUGCGAGAUCUGAAGGUGGAGCACGUGUUGCUGCAGCAGGCCUGCGAGGAGGUGGAGCGGGAGCGGGACGAGCUGCAGACCCAGCAGACGCAUGCGGUUCUGGACCUGCAGCAGCGCAGCGGGCUGAGGCAGAUGCGGCUGCAGAGGAAGCUGGAGGAGAUGACACAAACUCACCAGAAGAAGGAAGCUCAGCUCUGUGCUGCUCUGUCAUUCUGCAGCACCGAUCCACAGGCCAGAGCCAGCGCCACCAGCAGGCUGGAGGAGUACGACAAGCUGCUGCUCACCUGUACGGACAGGCUGAAGGCUCUGGGCGUCCCUCUGCACGACUUCCCCUUCAGGCCGGCCAAACAGAUCCUGAGCAGAAUGACACUGAACCCCUGA